AUGGGAGGCUUUUAUAUUAGUGGAAGUAGGGUUUUCUUGGAACACCUUGGAGAGGUGAACAGAAUCAGAGAACUUCCACAGGACAGCAAGAUAGUUGCCACACACACUGAUAGCCCUGAUGUCCUCAUUUGGGAUGUAGAGGCUCAGCCUAAUCGCCAUGCUGUGUUGGGAGCUACUGAUUCUCGUCCAGAUCUGAUAUUGACUGGACAUCAAGAAAAUGCCGAGUUUGCUCUUGCCAUGUGCCCCCAACUCAACCCUUUGUCCUAUCCGGAGGUUUGGAUCAUUGUUUUACAGUGUUUCUUGGAAGGAUUUUUAGCUUUAUGA